CUUUGAUGUUCAUUAUUAUUUUAUCGGUGGCUCCUGUUGAAGCACUGGAACUGGGUGUUUUCACACAGACUCCAACUGCAACAGGAUCUUUAAAACUUUUAACAAAUUGGACUGUGACGACUCAGGAAACCUGAUCUGCAGCUGCUCAUCAUCAUGGACGGCUGGGUUUGGCGUGUUUUCACUCUGGCAAUUUGUUCUGCUACCACUACUGACUAUACCUCAUCUACUGUGCUAAUUACCACUACUAUUACUACCACUACUAAAUCUCCGACUACGGUUACCCCUCCUACCACCACUGCUCUGAUAUGUGAUAAUGGAGGGAAACCAGAGAACGGUGUCUGCAUCUGUCCUGAUGAAUGGACUGGAGAGACAUGCUCAGAAGAAAACUUCUGCGGAGCGCAGCAGCUUGGAGGCUUCAGGUUCCCUCGUACACCCAUCGGCUGGUUUGCGUAUUCUGAGGAAAAAUGUGAAGUAGGAACGAGUGGUGCUGGUAAACCUCAGGCUUCAGCCAGGUGUUUGUCCAUGAAUGGAUCACCAGGUUUCAGCCCUCCACAGAUUUUCCAGUGUGACCUGACGCUCAGUGACAUACAACAAAAUCUUACAAGUCCAGCUAAUUUAGAGACACUGGCGACCAGCACUCAGAUUCUGACAUCCAAAGCAGAAGAGCUGACGGCUGAAAAUGUUACAGCAGCGGCUGAGAUAGUCAACACACUGCUGCUGUCUGCAAACGCCACAGAGAGUGUCAGGGUGUCAGCAGUAGCAACAGUCAGUCAGCUGCUGAACGCCACUGUAACAGAUGAUACCAAGGAAAACAACGCAACUCUGGGGCUGACGGUGACUCUGGACCAGCUCUCAGUGAACCUCAGCCUCAGUCAAAAUACAUCUCAAUCUCAGGUGGUUCAGCCGAACCUGGUGGUCCAGUCGGCACAGAUCCCUGCUGCAGACACUCACGGAGUCCAGUUCACGUCUCUCAGAGGGUUUUCUGGGAAUUUUUUGCCCAACAGAAUUCAUCUGAACACAAAUGCAACACAGGUCGUGGUGGAAAACAGCUUCAUAGCUGAUGCCCUCAUUUACAUACGAUUCCCACCAGCUGAAGGUGUCAGAAGUCGUCAGACAGACUCAAACGUCUCUCUGGGUUUCGUUCUCUAUCAGAACGAUUGUUUCUUUCGUUCAGAACUCUACAUUAGGCGACGGGCCACCAUCAGGGUCCUGUCAGCCAGUGUCAGAGGGCAGGAGCCCAACGUGGUGCCACAACAUGUGGAGAUGAUGUUCAGACCAAGAAACAUCAAUGGGACGUCUCUGUACGACUUCUCCUGCGUUUUCUGGAACUACAGUCAGAAGGACUGGAGCACCAGUGGCUGCUCUAAAGGAAACACUUCAGAUGGACUCAUGAGAUGUUUCUGUAACCACACCACCAACUUUGCUGCUCUCUGGUCAUUCAGAGAGAACUAUGAGUAUGCAGAAGCUCUGGGUGCGAUCUCCAUCGUGGGACUCUCUCUUUCUUUUCUGGGUUUGAUUGUGACGAUCAUUCAUCACAUUAAAGAAAUUUUUCAGAAAGAAGAGCAGACCAACCUGACAUCAGUGCAAUCUCGGCUGUGCAUCUACUUCAGCCUGCUGGCCUUCAUCAUCACCUUUGUCUCUGGAGUCCAAAACUCCAGCAGACAAAUUGACAUUGAGGUGCAGACUGACGAUCGGACCAACAACCUCUUGGACUCGGACGAACACGUAGAACCAGACCGUGGUUCGUGUACGGCUGUAGCAGCUCUGCUGCACUUCCUCCUGAUGACCACCUUCAUGUGGAACAGCGUGAACGGUACUCAGAUCCUGAUUCAGAAAAUGCGCCGCAGUCUACCACCUCUCUGGACUCUGCUGAGCAUGGCUCUGGGAUGGGGAGUGCCAGCCUUGAUCGUGGCCAUCACACUGGGGGUGACCUACAGGGUGAACAAUCCUCUGGGAUACAGACAGGAGGAAUUUUGCUGGCUGGCAGCGCUGGAUAAGAACAAACACUUCAGCUUUGAGAAACCUUUGUUUUGGGGUUUCCUCCUUCCAGUCGGCCUGAUCUUGAUCUACAACAUCGUCCUGCUGGUUUAUGUGUCCAUUAAAGCAACCAGGAAGUCCUGCUUCAGGAAGAGUUUCCUUGAAUGCUUCACUCUGGCUGUGUUACUGGGUGUGUCCUGGGUUUUUGGGUAUCUGGUCCUUGUCACUUCAGGAACAAUGAACCUGGUCUUCAGCAUUUUGUUCUGCCUCUGCACAACCACACAGGGUUUUCAUAUUUUUAUCAUCACAGCCACAACACCGACCUUCAGAGCCGCCAUGUCCCGAUCAGUUCAGUACCUUUCUUCAGCCAGGCCGAUUCGCAGAAACACAAGGAUGAGGUCAUGACAAGCAGCUGACCCAUGACCUGGGGAUGAUUUUAAGAGGGUCUGCAUUAAAUUAUUUUUGAUGUGAACAUAAACAAAAUAACUGCAUCAGAGUCAAUUGAAAAUCACAGUCAUGAUCACAUCAACAAUAAACCUCCAGGACAGUCACGUGUUCAGGAACAGACUGCAGGUAUGAAGACUGAAGAUUUUAUGAAGAUUUUAUUGUCAUUUUAAGCAUUAGUGUUAUUCUGCAAGCUGCUCGUUUUACUGAUCUGAAGCGAUUAAUGUUGGUAAAAGUGUCUACACUGGCCUUGUAACGAACUACAGUGACCCAGGUGGAAAAAGCAGUAACUAUUCCUGCUUCCUGAUCAUUCUGAUCUGACAUCAGACUCGAGUUCAGCAGAUAUAUAUACAUAUACACACACAUGUAUAAUGGUAAAGGAAAACAAACAAACAAACAUAAUUUUAAUGUCUUUUUUAGGUCUAAAUUUGGUCUAAUUGGUCUGAACUGGUCUUUUAAGGGAAUAAACUGGUUUCAAAUGGUCAGUCAUUUUUAAUUAAUGGAAUAAUUUAUUCUUACUAAAUGUUGAUUAUUUAAAAAAAACAACAUGUUUUUUUAUGGUCUGUGCUCUAAUUAAAAUUGGGGGGGGGGUUGUUAUCUUUUGUUGGCUGCUUUGAUUCUAUGUCAUCUUACAGACUGCAGACAAUCCAAUGAAAAUAAUCAUAUAUAAAAUAUAUAAUGUAAUCCAAGAAAGCUUCUGAAAAAAGCAAAAAUACAACUUGCCUUUAUGUAAGUGUCAAUUUAGCAAGUUUCAAUCUGAUAUUAACGUCUGCUCCAAACAUAACGAUUCGCUGAGAUUAAAAGCCAUCUCAAAUAAAGGAUCACAAAACUCCCAUCACAGGCCUUCGGGGUAGCUUUUACCACCAUGUUGUAGCAAAACAACACAUCCUGUCACAUGAAGACUGAGACAGAGGAAACUAAACUACCACCGAUAAUAAAAAUACCAUGAAGACCAAGACCAUGAAACCAGAAACACAGGAUGAAAAAACUGAAAGUCAUCACUACAAGAACCAAGAACAGCAAUCACAGAGUCAUCAUCACAAGAGCUAAACAAAACAAAUCAAAACAAGAAUCCAACAAUUCAAUAAACACAGAAAUCAGAAGAUUACAAAAAUAAAAACAAGAAAUCACAGAAAAAUCAUUUCAACCAAACCUGAAGAUUAAAUUAAUGUCAGUCUGAGGUUUCAGUCUUUUAAACUUUAUAAACAGGUGAAGAAAAAAUACUGAAUAUCUUCAACUUUCAUACCUGUAAUAUCAGCUCUAUGUUCAAACUUCUGCUGCCACAUCUCUACUGAGCAUGUGCAGAGAAAGUUUCAGCACUCAGCUUGUUUCUGCUUGGAGGAAGUGAGAGCUUCCUGUGGACCGACAGGCUGUGGGCUGGGCCUUCGUUGUAGUCAGAGGUGAUUCUGAGUCUGUUUGAGGCCUUUGGGGGAAAAUGUCAUUUUAAUAACUUUUCACUGAUCCAAACAUAUAAAAUAUCUUCCUUUGUAUUUAAUUUUGCAGCAGUUCGGAGAUUUCAGUGAUGAUAUGAGAGGUUUAAUUUUUAUUUGUUGGCUUUUAUUUUCAUUUUUUAAUAAAGAAAUCUUUAUUAAAAUUA